GGAAGUAUGACUGUGUUACUAGGUUUUUGUGGUCAAAAGCCAAGAAACUGAGUAUACAUAACUUUAUCCUCUUCCCUUUUGGUAUUAUUGUUCUGGCUAGAGAGGAAAAUCAGGCAAAGCAUGAAACAGGACAAUGUGAUAGAUGGUAUGAAGGUUAUAGUGACAAGACACCGGAGAACAGACAAAAGGUCUAUAAUACAGCAUUUCCUUUCUUUUGUGAUUAGCUAUAUAAGCCAGAACUUUUUUUUUCAACUUUAUUUGUUUAUUAAUUUCAGUGGACUAGGUUAUAUAAUGGCACCAUUUAAGGAAACAAAUUUGCCUCAAAAUACAUAAAAUAUUUUUAAAUUAUUUAAGAAAAAAAUCUCUUAUAAAGUUCACAUGUAUUUCUCAGAAUAGUAGAUAAAUAACUUUAUAGAUUGCUGUAAAAGAUUUUGAUUAUGAAGCACUGUUUGUAUGGCUCAAAUGUCAGAAAACUGAAAAGAUUUCCACUAGGUUCAAAGAACUUCAUUUGAGAUUGUGGGUUUAAUGAAAUCUGUUUCUUUUGGGAACUAGAUUUAGUUUUUUUGGGCAUUCUAAGGAUUUGAAAAAAAGUUGAAAAUGAGGAUAUAUUGGCAGGAUGACAAAGUAGUGUCUAAAGCUGAUUUAAAAUUUGAGCUUAGAUACAGGAACAUGUUUUUACUCUGUCUUACUUUAUUUGAUAUGAAGUAAGUGAUUUGAGUCUAAAAUAGGGGUUGGCAAACUAUGGCCCACGGGCCAAAUCUGGCCUGCCACCUGGUUUUGUAUGGCUUGCAAACUAAGAAUGAUUUUUAUAUUUUUAAAUGCUUGAAAAAAAUUAAAAGAAUAUGAUUUUGUGAUGUGAAACUACAUGGAAUUCAAAUUUCAAUGUGCAUAAACAAAGUUUUACUGGAGCACAGCCAUGCUUAUUCAUUUAUGUAUUGUCUGGCUGCUUUUGUGCUACAAUAGCAAAAUUGAGUAGUUGUGACAGAGACCAUAAGUAGCCUGCAAAGCCUAUAAUAUUUACUCUCUGGCCCUUUAUGGAAAAAAGCUAGCUAAUCUCUAAUUUAGAAUUGUGUAGUUUAAUCCACCUUUAAUUUUGAUUUAGUAUGUAAUCCUAAGGAAAUUAUUUUCGUUUUAAUGUAUUUUUUGAGAAAUUUGGCAGUUAAUAUUCAGUGGUGAUGCAGAUCUCAUGUUUGUUCUCUGUUUUUUUAUAUUAUCCUAUUGUCAAUCUUAUUUAAUGAUAUAGAUCAGUGGCUCUCACACUGUGAUCUUCAGAUCCCUGGGUGUUCCUCAUAUCUUUUCAGGGGGUCCACAAGGCAAAACCUCUCUUGAUAAUAAUGCCAGGAUAUUCUUUGCCUUUUUACCGUGUUGACAUUUGCACUGAUGAAGCAAAAGCCUUGGUGGCUAAAACUGCUGUGCCUGGGCAAGAAUCAAGACAGUGGCACCAAACUGUAACAGCGUUCAUUUUACAUAUCUAUGUGGCAUUUUCUUCAUAUUUUCCAGGCUUCUCCAGUGACAGUGAUCUGAUAUCUCUUACUGUUGAUGUGGAUUCUCUUGCUGAGUUAGAUGAUGGAAUGGCUUCCAAUCAAAAUUCUCCCAUUAGAACUUUUGGUCUCACUCUUUCUUCGGAUUCUUCAGCACUAGGGGCUGUUGCUUCUGAAAGUGAACAGAACAAAACAGAAGAAGAACGGGAAAGUCGCAGCCUCUUUCCUGGCAGUUUAAAGUCCAAGCUUGGCAAGAGAGAUUAUUUGGAGAAAGCAGGAGAAUUAAUAAAGUUGGCUUUAAAAAAGGAAGAAGAAGACGACUAUGAAGCUGCUUCUGAUUUUUACAGGAAAGGAGUUGAUUUACUCCUAGAAGGUGUUCAAGGAGAGUCAAGCCCUACUCGUCGAGAAGCGGUGAAGAGAAGAACAGCAGAGUAUCUCAUGCGGGCAGAAAGUAUCUCUAGUCUUUAUGGGAAACCUCAACUUGAUGAUGUAUCUCAGCCUCCAGGAUCACUAAGUUCAAGGCCCCCUUGGAACCUAAGGAGCCCUGCCGAGGAGCUGAAGGCCUUCAGAGUCCUUGGGGUGAUUGACAAGGUUUUACUUGUAAUGGACACAAGGACAGAACAGACAUUCAUUUUAAAAGGUCUAAGGAAAAGCAGUGAAUACAGCAGGAACAGAAAGACCAUCAUCCCCCGCUGUGUGCCCAACAUGGUGUGUCUGCACAAGUACAUCAUCUCUGAGGAGUCAGUAUUUCUUGUGCUGCAGCAUGCAGAAGGUGGCAAGCUCUGGUCAUAUAUCAGUAAAUUUUUGAGCAGAAGUCCUGAAGAAAGCUUUGAAAUCAAGGAAAUGAAAAAAUCUACACUUACUAAAGUUCACCUGCAACAGCCAACUUCUAGUCCUCAGGACAGCAGCAGCUUUGAAUCCAGAGGAAGUGAUGGUGCAAGCAUGCUUCAAGUUCUGCCUUUGAAGACUAGUCUUACUCCAAGUUCUCAAGAUGAUAGCAACCAGGAAGAUGAUGGCCAAGAUAGCUCUCCAAAGUGGCCAGAUUCUGGUUCAAGUUCAGAAGAAGAAUGCACUACUAGUUAUUUAACAUUAUGUAAUGAAUAUGGGCAAGAAAAGAUUGAGCCAGGGUCUUUGAACGAGGAGCCCUUCAUGAAGACUGAAGGGAACGGUGUUGAUACCACAGCUAUUAAAAGCUUCCCAGCAUACCUUGUUGCUGACAGUGACAGCACCAGCACUCAGCCAAGAGCUCAUGAGCUGAAGUUCUUCCCUAGAGAUGAUGCCCCAGAAGCAGUUAGUUCUCCAAGAACUUCAGAUUCCCUCAGUAGAUCCAAAAAUAGCCCCAUGGAAUUUUUUAGGAUAGAUAGUAAGGAUAGCACAAGUGAACUCUUGGGACUUGAUUUUGGAGAAAAAUUGUAUAGUUUAAAAUCAGAACCUUUAAAACCAUUCUUUACUCUUCCAGAUGGAGACAGCAAUUCCAAGAGUUUUAAUACUAGUGAAAGCCUGGUACAGUUUAAAGCUCAGGACACCAUUAGCAGGGGCUCAGAUGACUCAGUGCCAGUUAUUUCAUUUAAAGAUGCUGCUUUUGAUGAUGUCAGUGGUACUGAUGAAGGAAGACCUGAUCUUCUUGUAAAUUUACCUGGUGAAUUGGAGCCAACAAAAGAAGCUGCAGGAAUAGGACCUACUAAGUUUACACAGACUAAUACAGGCAUAAUAGAAAGUAAACUAUUGGAAGCCCCUGAUGUUUUAUGCCUCAGUCUUAGUACUGAACAGUGCCAAGCACAUGAAGAGAAAGGCACAGAGGAAUUGAGUGAUCCCUCUUGGCCCAGAUCUCAUAGUAUAACAGAGAAACACUAUGCACAGGAGGAUCUUGGGACCUUAUUUGUAGCGGCUCUUGAUCAUAGUAGUUCAGGAGAUAUGUCUUUGUUACACAGCUCAGAUCCUAAGUUUCAAGGACUUGGAGUGGUUGAUUCGGCAGUAACUACAGAUAACACCGAAGAAAGCUUAUUGCAUAUUUCUAGUCCACUCUCAGGUGCUAAUGAAUAUAUUGCAAACACAGACAUGUUAAAAACAGAAGAAGUAUUGCUGUUUACAGAUCAAACUGAUGAUUUAGCUAAAGAGGAACCGACUUCUUUAUUCCAGAGAGACUCUGAGUCUAAGGGAGAAAGUAGGUUAGCACUAGAAGGAGACAAGGAAAUACAUCAGAUUUUUGAGGACCUUGAUAAAAAAUUAGCACUAAACUCCAGGUUUUACAUCCCAGAGGGCUGCAUUCAAAGAUGGGCAGCUGAAAUGGUGGUAGCCCUUGAUGCUUUACAUAGAGAGGGAAUUGUGUGCCGCGAUUUGAACCCAAACAACAUCUUAUUGAAUGAUAGAGGACACAUUCAGCUAACGUAUUUUAGCAGGUGGAGUGAGGUUGAAGAUUCCUGUGACAGCGAUGCCAUAGAGAGAAUGUACUGUGCCCCAGAGGUUGGAGCAAUCACAGAAGAAACUGAAGCCUGUGAUUGGUGGAGUUUGGGUGCUGUCCUCUUUGAACUUCUCACUGGCAAGACUCUGGUUGAGUGCCAUCCAGCAGGAAUAAAUACUCACACUACUUUGAACAUGCCAGAAUGUGUCUCUGAAGAGGCUCGCUCACUCAUUCAACAGCUCUUGCAGUUCAACCCUCUGGAACGGCUUGGUGCUGGAGUUGCUGGUGUUGAAGAUAUUAAAUCUCAUCCAUUUUUUACCCCUGUGGAUUGGGCAGAACUGAUGAGAUGAAUACAAUUCAGGGUUAUCUUCACAUAUUCUGAUCUCCCCUGGGACAGGCAUCUCCAGUGCAGAGGCCGCUCUGCCUCGUGGUCACUUGUGGAGCACCAGAGCAUUUGGAUGAAGACCCUUGUGGGAACUAGGGGGCAGAGGAAGGCUACAGAGAACAAUUAAUUUACAGUUACUGUCUGGACAAGAUAUUAGCUAAUUUUGCCAGAGGCCAUUAUAUAUACACCUCUAAUCAAGGUGUGAUCUUAAUUUAAUCUACAGAGUUCCUUCAAGAAAUUCCUCUGAUACUAAGUUCUAUGAAGUUUUACUUGAAAGAAGGACCUUUAUGUGGCAGCUAACAGUGCUUUCUGCUAACCAGGAUUGGUUUAUAUGAUCAAAUUAAUGUUUGCUUAAUAGUACACUAAAAAUACUUUGCAAAUAAUGUCAUCUUUGAGGCUUUAAAGUGAGAAAAAAAAGAAAAUACACAUGAUGUCUGCUGGAAGAUGCUAUAUGCUGUGUAAUUAAUGUAUCUAGAAUGUGGUACCAGAUGAUUUCCAUGAGAAGAAAGGACUCCAUGUUGUCAACUCUGUACUUUGUUGGUUGAAACUGCUUAUUUAGAGGGGGGUUCAUAUAAACAGUCUGUGUGUCUCUUCAACUUCAUCUUUCCCUCCAUCUUUCCCUUUCCUGUACUCUUUGCUUAUUCUCUCAUACUCUGUUCUUCCUACUCCUGCUGACACACAUGCAACAAAAAAGGGAAGGGAAUAUAUGUUUCCCCAAAUUGUAUCAUCUUAACAAGGACUAAGAAAUCAUGAUAUAAAAUAAACAUGGUAAAACUUUAGAUCUCUC